GCCCGCGUCUUUGACGACUGUGUACCUACGUGUUUUUUUCGGAGACCAGUUUUUUACGUUUUUUAUUCCAACAUGGAGGAAAAAUUAAUAACAUUAGUUCAAGCCUAUGAUUAUUUAUAUAAUAUGUCAUCAAAACAUUAUAUGAACACUCAAAUGAAGAACAAUGCGUGGAGAAUAAUUGGGACAGAAAUGAAUAAAACAGGUGAAGAAUGUCAGAAAAUAUGGAGUAAUAUACGUAAUAAUUUUAGGAAAGCUCUGAAUAACAGAAAAACAAAGAGUGGUGACCCGUACACAAAGCGACGCCCUAUCAAGUUUGAAAAAGAGCUGGAGUUUUUGAAAAAAUUCAUUCAGCACAGAAAACAAACCUCGAAUUUGGACUCCUCUUCAGAGGAUACGCAGACUUCUUUUGCAGAAUCCGCUGUCGUUGAUAGCGAUGAACGUUCAGUUUCGCGAAUGACCAAUGAUUCACACCAUUCCUCAAUAAUACCAGAACCUACAACAACUGCUGAAAUACUAAAUAAAUAUAUUGAAUCGAAAAAGGAGGUGGACGCCAUUGAUUCGUUCUUUCAAACAAUGGCUGCCACAGUAAAAAAGCUACCAAAAAGAGAGCAGGUCCGAAUAAAGAGACAAAUAUUUAAUAUGGUAACUGACGCCGAAUUAAAAUACAUAGAGGGAACUCCAGCUCCAACAUCUGAAGAUGUCUCUACCAAUUUGCAACAUCAACGACCAUGCCGUACCGCUUUUACUUCAAGAUCUGGCUGUGGAACCGCGGCAGGCUUGGGCUAUGAAGCUGUAUCAGGAUCUGGCUAUGAAACCACCUCAAGAUCUGGCUAUGAAACCACCUCAAGAUCUGGCUAUGAAGCAGCUUCGGGGUCUGACUUUGGAACCGCCUCAGGCUCCGGUUAUGAAGCAGCUUCGGGGUCUGGCUUUGGAACUGCCUCAGGCUCUGGUUAUGAAGCAGCUUCGGGGUCUGGCUUUGGAACCGCCUCAGGUUCUGGCUAUGAACCUGCUUCACGGUCUGGUUACGAAACCGCCUCGGGCCCUGGCUAUGAAGCUGCUUCAGGGUCUGGCUACAAAACUGCAGUUUCUGAAUACGAAACUAAUCUAAACUAG